CGUAGGGACUGUGUAAGCGUGUGUGAUAUUCAUAUAAAUGUAAAAAGGAGAUUCUUCUGAAUUUCACAGUUCAGCUAAUUAAGAGAAAUGUAAAUACAAGUGUGUACCAACCACCAUUUGAUGUGAAAGGAGUUGGUCUCCUCAAGAAUCGUCUAUAAAAUUCAGGGCCGGCGCUCAUCCUAUGGCUGGAACAAGCUCUGGUGUGGAACUACUGGUGCCAGUGGUAUCAGACAUCAUUUUCAAAUACACAUGGCUCAUCAAGAAAUAUGCUCACUCCAUCAACACACAGGAUUCAUUUGACAGUCCUCCAUUUGACUUUAAUGUGAAUGGAGUUCAAACGCAAUGGAACAUGUCUAUUCGUUUCUGGAAAGGGCCAGAGGGCAAAAGGCUCACCAAUCCAGUGGUACUGUGCCUGAACCUGCUGAGCUGCAGUACUGAGGAACCAGAACAGGCACGUGUCAGGUUUCAGUUUGGCGUGUACAAUGUGGAGAUCAAGCACUGGGAGAUGUGUCAUGUUAGUCGUGUGGUACUGCAUCUCCAGAACAUCCAUGAAAUGCUGUCACUAGGAUACAGAGACCUCACCAUACUGGAUCGCCACGUGGAGGCUACCAGUGGUGACGUAUCUGUCUUCGUCAAGUUACAACUUGUUCCAACGGAAGCAGAGCGUCACUCCCUGUCACAGGACCUCACCAGAAUGCUGUCCUACACCAGUCAGCCUGGCGCAAACACAGGAGACAUUAUCUUGCAAGGUGAUGGGGAGCGCAAAUUCCCGGCACACAGGUGUCUUCUGAGUGCCCGAUCACCCAUCCUAGCAGGUAUGAUUAAGGUAUACGAGCAGCAAGUUCACAAUGAAACACAAGACACCAGCGGAAACAUGCAGGAAAAGUGCUUGGAGUUGCCUGGCCUAAGUGAUGAGAUUCUGCAGGAGCUGCUUCGUUACAUCUACACUGACCAUGUCAACAAUCUGGACACCACUGCAUCUACACUGCUACCAGUAGGAGAGAGCUACCAUCUGCCAGGACUCAAACUGCUCUGUGAGAGAACUCUUGUAGAGACCAUCACGCCUGAAAACGUAGCAUCACUCCUGCUGCUUGCUGAUCAGUUUGGCUGUGAUUCACUCAAACGAGCUGCUCUCGCAUACUGCGAGGAGAAUGCCACGAGCAUAAAGAAAUCUUUGGCAUGGAAAGUGAUGGAAAUUGUGAAUCCUGACCUCUUCAUGGAAGCAUGUGAAGCAGGACUAGGUAGUUCAAUCUCUAGUAACCUAGACAUUAUUCCUAGUGACACAGAACUCAGACAGUGAAAUGAGACUGAGGGUUUGAUGGACUUAAAACUACUCUUCCUCGUUGAAGAACUGAAAUUCUGAAGCCGUAAGAGACACAAAAAUGGGCAAGAAUUUCAGAUUUCUGUGACCGUAAUAUCUUGCAGUACAACACAGUGCUGUUUUAUAUGUGUUUUCAAAUGUUAACUUCUUGUCAUAUGACAGGGGCAUAUUCAUUAAGCAAAAGUCUGUUACACAGAAAUGAAUUUCCCAUACAAUACAACAUUAAGUG